CCAGCGCCGCGCAGCCACGGUGCACGCAUUCAAGCAUAGUAAUAAUGGCACAUCCACGUCGAUGACAAAAGACCCGCUUCUCGACGCCGAGAUAUUGGGAUCAAAACAUAACAACACGCUCAGCUUCUACCAAGUCUUCUUCACUCAUCUCAUCAUCGCCGGGAAAAGCUUCACGCUGAUACGUGUCUCAACUCAACAAAACCACGCCGACACCAUCAUCUACACAGCGAGCGCACAACAGAUAAAGCGAAGAUGUGUCACAUGGAAGUCCACUGCUACUCAUGUAACCAUUUCUAUGCCUACAAGGCGUGCUGCGUCCGCUAUCAGGAACCAGACCACCAGGAACCCCCCGCCAGAACGUACCUGGUGCCUGGUUUAUGCCUCAUAUGCCGUCAGCCGCCUACCAAGGUGAAUCUCAAGAAACGAAGCCUUCUCCUCACCGUACAGCAAAUGGAGAUCAUCAUGGACAUACCUCACACGGCUGAAGGAUUUCUCGACAGCGUGGCGCGCUUUUACCUCAGGGGGGAUCAUGAUCGUUGGUCGCAGCCAGGGUACGUACGUCCGAGAGACCCGAGACAAGUCAUGGCAGAAGAGGAGUACCUCAAGUCGCUGGAGGUCUCGCACGGAGUCGAUACUGAUAAUGAUAAUACUGCUGCUGCUGCUGCUGUUGGUAGUGGCCCUGGAGCCGAGUGUGAUCGUGGAUUUGCCAAUAUGCAUGCCUCUUCCUCCUUCGGUCACUCGAUCUUGAGCUCGGAGCCGGGAAGGGUCUAUCCGCUUUACGAGCCUGACACGGAUAUCCAGCCCUGGCUGCCGGUUGAGGUCCGGUCCACGGCAACGGGACAGGCGAGGUUGGUGACAGGAGACAAUAAUGAUCAUACACAGAGAGUCGGCAGCAUGGUAGCGGGAUCGCUUCUCGAGGAUUGGGGUAUGACUGCUGAGGUAGUUCAUCCUUCGGCUCGUCGUGAGGAUGCUGGCGAAGCGAACGGCAACCAGGUACGUACUGUAGUCAGCCAGAAGAUGAACAGGGAACAAGAUACACUGACCAAGACUGUUGAAAGAACACACAGCCCGGACUGCUUCCAUCAUAUGGGCAGAGACACAACACCACCACCUCUCAGACUGCAUCGCAAGCAGCAACCACGGCCAAUGGCGGAUCACGUCCUUAUAAUUGGACCCCGGCAUUCCAUGUCGAAGCCCCAACUCCUAGCGAGACCCCCCAGGACCUCACAUCCGGCGUCACUCAGAACAUCCACUCCCCCAUCUUCGUGACAGCCAGCAACAAUCUCGCCCACGCCAAAGACGACCCCUUCUUCGACCCCCGUCCUUUCCCUUCCACCGGCAGCUCAUCGACUAUCAGUCCCAUGUCGACAAACCCAUUCAUCAGCCACUCCAUCCCCACAGCCAAACA